GUCAAAAUAAGAAACAUUAACAAUGGUACCUCUCCCACCAAAACACCGCUCAUUCAUCACAUCUCGAUCAGGGCUCACAUCAGACCCUAUUUCAGCACCUCACGGUUUCAGCUUAGUCACUUCACAUAUUUAUACACAAGUUCUUUACUUUUUUGAAAAUAUUCAUCAUGACCCGAGUUUUAUGAACUCCGCUAAAAUCAAAGAGGCCCUUAGGCUUGCUCUUGAGAUCUAUUACCCAUUUACUGGUAGACUUAUUAAGAAGGAGAAUGGUCGAUAUGAUAUUGGCCAUUUUGAUAAAGGUGCUUUAUUUGAAGUUGUUGAUUCAGCAGAUGAUUUUGAAUACUGGAAACGCCAUAAUUUCUCUUAUCUUAUUGUACCUUAUGAAGAGCUCUUGCCAAUCAAAUCUUAUGUUAGCAGAGACUCCCCACUUUUCGGUGUUAAGCUUACUGUUACAAAAAGUGGUAGUUGUGCCAUAGCUUACUCUAUCCAUCACAAGAUUGCUGAUGGUAUCUGCCUAACUCGACUUAUUGCUUAUAUAUGUGCUAUUACGCGUGGUGAAAUGCCCAGUCAACAAAACAGAUCCUUGUAUACAGACAGCAUGAGACUUCCUGUACAACCAUUGCCUGAUGUGGACCAUAAUGACAUGUAUCCACAUUACUUACCUGGACAAGCACCUGUUCCCACCAUCAAGCCAGCUCCUUCUAAAAAAUUGAUUUUCAACUUUGAUAGACAACUUAUGAGCAAAUUCAAGUCUCAAGUGGUUGCUGAAGCCAACGAUCCCAAGGCAAGAAUAUCCCUUUUUAAUUUGCUUACUGCUCUUGUCCAUAAAAGCAUUACUAAAGCACGUCAAAGACCCUCUGAAUCCUGUUCAGACUUGGUAUGCAUUGUGGGUCAACAUCAUUGUCAUCCCGAUAAAAACAUGAUGAACUACUUUGGUAAUUUUAUUGUACCUGUUCCUGUUCCUUUUACAGUACAGCAAGUAAUUGACAAAAGCACUUAUCAGAUAGCUAAAGAGAUUGGUAUUGCUUGUAAAUCAAUCACUGUACCUUACAUGGAAUCACUUGAGUAUUACUUUAAUACAUCAAAACAUCUAGAGCAUAUUGUAAGUCCGAUUUCUCGCUUAGGAUAUGGUGGUGUUGGCAUUUCAGAUUGGUCCAGAUUCCUGGUAGAUUUCGAUUAUGGAUAUGGUCACUAUGUAGCCAUGAGAAGCUUUGUUGAUACUUCACCUAUUCCUUUAAUUACGAUCAUGCCAUACAAACCUGAUAGAAUUGAAGUUAUUAUUCAACUUGAUGUUAAGAGUUUAGAUAGAUUAUUACAAGAUAAAGAACUUAUGCAGUUUGUUAAAUGUGUCAAUUAAAAUAAAAAAAGCUCUACCAUGAUUAUUUCAAACAUACACAGGAUAACUUGG